AGCACAACCUCUUAAAUAUGGCUAGGUAAAAGCGUUAGGAUGUCCAAAAUACAAAAAAAAAAUGACAAAUACCUAGUCCAAAACGAAAAGAUUAGAUAGAGGAUAGUCUAAACUGACACUUACUUCCUUCAUUCCAUAAAAAAAAACCAAUCCUAGGUUUAAAUCUGGACCAAAAGGUUUGAUCCUGAUUCAAACCCAAUAUUGAGUUUUUUAUGGAACAGAGAGAGUAGAUAAUAAAAAGUGAUCCAAAGUGCAAUCAACUCAUUUGUGUUUAAAAUGUGUAGUUUCGUGAGAUUUUGUGAAAAUAUGAUGUUAUUUGAAUCUUGCAAAAUUCCAAAAUUUUGCGGAGUUCCAUCAACGUUGGUUAAUGGGCCGCAUGGGCAGCCCAUGUCAAGAGAUUCAGGCCCGUGUCUGCGCUUACUGCACUGCAGCUGCACACACCUCUUCUCUAGUCGCGGUUCGCUCGAGAGGAACGCGGCGGAGCACAGCAGAGGCGAGAUGGCGGCGGUUUUCCUCCGCGCCGCCGCUCGUGCCACGAGGUCCUCCGCGCUCGUCCGCGCCAUCCUCGCGAGCCGGAGCCCCCUCUCGUCGUCCUCCUGUGCCGCCUCCCCUACGACCGCGGCGCCCGUCCCCGGCACCGCGCCGCGCGCCGCCGCGGCUGGCGAUGGCGACGAGGGAUGCGCGGCGGCCGCGGCCACGCCCGCGGACGUGGGAGGGGACGAGGACGACCUGAGAAGCCGCGUCUUCCGGCUGCGCCUGGCGAAGCGGAGCGCGACCGCGGCGCUCGAGAGGUGGGCCGGGGAAGGCCGCGCCGCGUCGGCGGCGGAGCUCCGCGGCAUCGCCCGCGACCUCAGCCGCGCAGGCCGGUACAAGCACGCGCUCGAGGUAGCAGAGUGGAUGAAGACACAUCAUGAGUCCGAUUUAUCUGAGAAUGACUACGGAAUGCGCAUUGACUUGAUUACCAGAGUUUUUGGUGCUAAUGCAGCUGAAGAUUUUUUUGAGAAACUUCCAGCUUGUGUGCAAUCACUGGAAGCAUAUACAGCUCUCCUACAUUCUUAUGCUCGAUCCAAGAUGACAGACAAAGCUGAGAGGCUGUUUAAAAGAAUGAAGGAUGCCAACCUUUCCAUGAAUAUCCUUGUUUACAAUGAAAUGAUGACCCUGUACAUUUCUGUUGGUGAGCUUGAUAAAGUUCCGGUCAUUGCUGAAGAGCUGAAAAGGCAAAAAUUUUCCCCAGACCUCUUCACAUACAAUCUCCGGAUCAGCGCUUCUGCGGCAUCAAUGGAUCUGGAGGGCUUCAAAGGAAUCCUUGAUGAGAUGUCAAAAGAUCCAAACUCCAAUGAAGGGUGGAAGCUGUACCAGAACCUCGCUGUGAUUUACGUCGACGCUGGUCAGCUUGUUGGUUCAGGAAACUCGCUGGUGGAAGCAGAGGCGAAGAUCAGCCGGAGGGAGUGGAUCACAUACGAUUUCCUCGUAAUCUUACACACCGGGCUCGGCAACCGGGAUAGAAUCAAGGACAUUUGGAAAUCCAUGCUGAUGACUUCACAGAGGAUGACGAGUCGGAACUACAUCUGCGUGCUCUCAUCCUACCUGAUGUGCGGGCAGCUGAAGGAUGCCGGGGAAGUCAUCGACCAGUGGCAGCGGUCGAAAGCCCCAGAGUUCGACAUCUCUGCCUGCAAUAGGCUGUUUGAUGCCUUCCUGAACGCCGGUUUCACCGACACGGCAAAUAGCUUCAGGGAACUGAUGCUGCAAAAGAGCUGUAUACUGACAAGCAGGCAAGAACGCUCUUCCUGAGUGGCCAUCCAUGCUGAAACUGUUGAGUAGGAUUAUGUCAUUACAUGAUGCAAUAAUAAUAGAUACUUUCCAGUUGGUUGCUA